AUGAAUCCAGGAAAGAAAACAUUUUUUCAAGAAUAUCUGACAAAUCAAGGGACUGUGGUAAAGCCCUAUUGCUGGCAGAGACAGAACCACAUCUGUGCUAAGUGUCCCUACCACAUACGGACUGGUGAAGAAGCAAGAGUCCCUUAUGCAGAAUUUCACAAGGUCUUUGGCUUCCCACACAGACCAACUGCAACUGUGGGAAACAAACACCUUCUCUUCUACGAACUGAAGAAUUUCACAGGCGGAGUAGUCCAAAAAGGCCAUGCUACAAACUGCACUGGCCAAGACAGCCACCCAGAGUCUAUGCUGUUUGAGGCGGGUGGUUAUCUGGAUGCAGUUACAGAUGCUUGUGACAACAUCAGACAGAUCAGCCUCUAUUCCAAUUACUCUCCUUGUAACGAGGCUUAUCACUGCUGCAUCAGUAAAAUCUACAACUUCUUGCUGAAGCAUCCAGAAGUCACGCUCGGCAUCUCUUUCUCGGGGCUUUACCACGCCGAGGAUGGUUUCCCCACCGCCGCGUGGAACCGCGAGGCUCUGCGGAGCCUCUCCAGCCUGUGGCCCCGGGUGACUCUGCAGCGGCUGCCGCCGGGGGCGCGGCCUUACCUCCUCUGCAACUUCGUGUACGGCACUCCAGGGUCAACCCUGGCUCACCCAGCUCCACCAGCAGGCACCUCAGGAGACCAACAAAAUCCGCACCAAAUUAACAGCCUCGGAGGACUGAAACCGUGUUUUAGGGAAGCCUUUCCACAAGCGAUGCAGGGGAAGCUGGGGCAGCAAAAGUUGUCUACUCCCAGUGCAGCCCCCCAGCAACCUUUCCAAGCUAUGAAAGUUCGGCUACCUCCCAUAUCUCAAAGCCUCUUGGUACUUUACCCAGGCAUGUCUCUGCCCUUUCAGGAAGAACAUCUAUACCCCAGACCUAAAAAUAUUGUAAGGCAUUUAAAAAUGCCAAAGGAAUAA